CAUCCAAAUAGGAGAUAAAGAACCUCUUGAAACUGGCAUUCUACCUUCUCUGAGGAAAAGAAUAAAUAAGAAACAGCACAGUCAUACAAGGAUCUUCAUCCCAGAAGUGAUCCAGGAAUCAUGCUGGAUACUUUCUGCGGCUCUACUUUUUGGAACUCCUCGUUGUUGGAUAGCCCGGAGGUGGACCUGCCACUUUGUUUUGAGCAGACUGUUCUGGUGUGGAUUCCCUUGGGCUUCCUUUGGCUCCUGGCCCCUUGGCAGCUUCUCCAUGUAUAUAGCUCCAGGACCAAGAAAUCUUCUAUAACCAAACUCUACCUUGCCAAGCAGGUGAUUGUUGGCUUUCUUCUUAUUCUGGCAGCCAUAGAUCUGGCUCUUGCGCUCACAGAAGACACUGGACAAGCCACGGUUCCUGCUGUUAAAUAUACCAAUCCAGUCCUCUACCUGGUCACAUGGGUCCUGGUUUUACUGAUCCAACACAGCAGGCGAUGGUGUGUGCAGAAGGACUCUUGGUACCUGUCCUUAUUCUGGAUUCUCUCAAUACUCUGUGGCACUUUCCAAUUUCAGACUCUGAUCCGGGCACUCUUAAAGGACAGCAGUUCUAAUCUGGCCUACUCCUGCGUGUACUUCAUCUUCUACGCAUUCCAGAUCCUGGUCCUGAUCCUUUCAGCGUUUUCAGAAAAAGAUGACUCAUCAAAAAAUCCUUCAACCACAGCUUCAUUUUUGAGUAGUAUCACCUUUAGUUGGUAUGACAGCACUGUUCUGAAAGGCUUCAGGAAACCUCUGACGCUCAAAGAUGUCUGGGAUAUUGAAGACGAGGCUAAAACAAAUGCACUAGUUAGCAGGUUUGAGAAGUACAUGGCAGAAGAGCUACAGAAGGCCAGGCGGGCGUUCCAGAAACGGCAGAAGAAGAAAUCCAAGCGGAACCCUGGAGCCAGUGUGAACGGCUUGGACAAGAACCAAAGUCAAAGCCAAGAUGUCCUUGUCCUGAAAGAAACUAAAAAGAAAAAAAAGAAGUCUGAGACCACAAAAGACUUUCCCAAGUCCUGGCUGGUGAAGGCGCUCUUCAAAACUUUCUACGUCAUCCUCCUGAAAUCAUUCCUGCUGAAGGUGGUGUAUGACCUCCUCACGUUUCUGAAUCCUCAGUUGCUGAAGUUGCUGAUCGCCUUUGCAAAUAACCAUGGAAUCUAUCUGUGGACCGGAUAUCUCUAUUCAAUCCUCCUGUUUGUCGUGGCCCUCAUCCAGUCUGUCUGCCUUCAGUAUUACUUUCAGCUGUGCUUUCUGCUGGGCAUGAAAGUGCGGACCACCGUCAUGGCUUCUGUAUAUAAGAAGGCGCUGACUUUAUCCAACCGGGCCAGGAAGCAGUACACCGUUGGAGAAACAGUGAACCUGAUGUCUGUGGAUGCCCAGAAGCUCAUGGAUGUGACCAACUUCAUCCACCUGCUGUGGUCAAACGUCCUACAGAUUGCCUUGGCCAUCUACUUCCUGUGGGCGGAGUUGGGACCCUCUGUCUUAGCAGGUGUAGGGGUGAUGGUGAUCCUAAUCCCAAUUAAUGGAGUACUCGCCACCAGGAAUAGGGCUAUUCAGGUUAAAAAUAUGAAGAAUAAAGACAGCCGUUUAAAGAUCAUGAAUGAGAUUCUCAGUGGGAUCAAGAUCCUGAAAUAUUUUGCCUGGGAACCUUCAUUCCAAAAACAAGUCCACAACCUUCGGAAGAAAGAGCUCAGGAACCUGCUGAGAUUUGGGCAGUUGCAGUCUGCAAUAAUGUUCCUCUUAUACUUGACUCCGGUGCUGGUGUCUGUGAUCACGUUUUCUGUUUACGUCCUGGUGGAUAGCAGUAACGUUCUGGAUGCACAGAAGGCCUUUACCUCCAUCACCCUCUUCAAUAUCCUGCGCUUCCCCAUGAGCAUGCUCCCCAUGCUCAUCUCCUCCAUGCUGCAGGCCAGUGUUUCCACAGAGCGGCUAGAGAAGUACCUGGGAGGGGAUGACUUGGACACAUCUGCCAUUCGACGCGAUUGCAAUUCUGAUAAAGCUGUGCAGUUUUCGGAGGCGUCAUUUACCUGGGACCAUGAUUUGGGUGUCACAAUCCAAGAUGUGAACUUGGACAUUAUGCCAGGCCAGCUGGUGGCUGUGGUGGGCACUGUAGGCUCUGGGAAAUCUUCCUUGAUGUCAGCCAUGCUGGGAGAAAUGGAAAAUGUCCACGGGCACAUCACGGUCAAGGGCUCCGUAGCCUAUGUCCCACAGCAGUCUUGGAUCCAGAACGGCACCAUAAAGGAAAACAUCCUUUUUGGAUCAGAGUUGGAUGAAAAGAAAUACCAGCAAGUUCUGGAAGCCUGUGCCCUCCUCCCUGACUUGGAAGUGCUGCCUGGAGGAGACAUGGCUGAGAUUGGAGAGAAGGGUAUAAAUCUCAGUGGGGGUCAGAAGCAGCGGAUCAGCCUGGCCAGAGCUACCUAUCAAAAUUCAGACAUCUAUAUUCUGGAUGACCCUCUGUCAGCUGUGGAUGCCCAUGUGGGAAAACAUAUUUUCAACAAGGUCUUGGGUCCCAAUGGCCUAUUGAAAGGCAAGACUCGAAUCUUGGUGACACACAGCAUUCACUUUCUUCCCCAAGUGGAUGAGAUUGUGGUUGUGGGGAAUGGCACCAUCAUGGAGAAGGGAUCCUACAGCACUCUGCUGGCCAAUAAAGGAUUAUUUGCUAAGAAUCUGAAGACAUUUGUGAAACAGACGGGUCCUGAAGAUGAGGCCACAGUCAAUGAGGACAGUGAAGACGAUGACUGUGGGCUGGUGCCCAGUGUGGAGGAAAUCUCAGAGGAUGUGGCCUCCUUGUCCAUGAAAAGAGAGAACGAUCUUCAUCGAACACUGAGCCGCAGAUCUAGGUCCAGUAGCAGGCAUCUGAAGUCCCUAAAAGACUCCUUGAAAAUUCGGAAUGCGAAUAUCCUGAAGGAAGAGGAAGAACCAGUGAGAGGACAAAAACUCAUCAAGAAGGAAUUUGUACAAACUGGAAAGGUGAAGUUCUCCAUCUACCUGAAAUACCUACAAGCAAUAGGAUGGUGCUCGAUAGUCUUCAUCCUCUUGGGGUUUGUGAUCUAUUAUGUGGCUUUUAUUGGAUCAAACCUCUGGCUCAGUGCUUGGACCAGCGACUCUAAACAAUACAACGGCACCAACUAUCCAUCCUCUCAGAGGGACCUGAGAGUUGGCGUCUAUGGAGCUCUGGGAAUAGCACAAGGUUUCUUUGUGUUCGUAGCGAACAUCUGGAGUGUCUAUGGUUGUAACCAUGCAUCAAACAUCCUUCACAAGCAACUGCUGAACAAUAUCCUUCGAGCACCCAUGAGUUUUUUUGACACAACACCCAUAGGUCGGAUAGUGAACAGGUUUGCUGGUGAUAUCUCCACGGUGGAUGACACCCUCCCCAUGUCUUUACGCAGCUGGGUCUUGUGCUUCCUGGGCAUCGUCAGCACCCUGGUCAUGAUCUGCCUGGCCACUCCCAUCUUCGUCGUUGUCAUCAUCCCUCUUGGCAUCAUUUAUGUGUCUGUUCAGGUAUUUUAUGUGGCUACUUCCCGCCAGUUGAGGCGACUGGACUCUGUCACCAGGUCCCCGAUCUACUCCCACUUCAGCGAGACUGUGUCAGGCUUGUCUGUGAUCCGCGCCUUUGAGCACCAGCAGCGAUUUCUAAAGCAAAGUGAGGCAGCGAUUGACAACAACCAGAAAUGUGUCUUUUCUUGGAUUACCUCCAACAGGUGGCUUGCAGUUCGUCUGGAGCUGAUCGGGAACCUGAUCGUCUUCUUUGCAUCCUUGAUGAUGGUUAUUUAUAGAAGUAACCUAAAUGGGGACAUUGUGGGCUUUGUUCUGUCCAAUGCACUUAAUAUCACACAAACCCUGAACUGGCUAGUGAGGAUGACGUCAGAAAUAGAGACCAACAUUGUGGCUGUUGAGCGAAUAACUGAGUACAUAAACGUGGAAAACGAGGCACCAUGGGUGACUGAUAAGAGGCCUCCAGAAGGUUGGCCCAGCAAAGGGGAGAUCCAGUUUAGCAAUUACGAAGUACGGUAUCGACCUGAGCUGGAUCUGGUACUGAGAGGGAUCACCUGUGACAUUAAGAGCGCGGAGAAGAUCGGCGUGGUGGGCCGGACAGGAGCUGGGAAAUCGUCCCUGACAAACUGCCUCUUCAGAAUCCUAGAGGCCGCAGGAGGCCAGAUCACUAUUGACGGGGUAGACAUUGCUUCCAUUGGGCUCCACGACCUCCGAGAGAAACUGACCAUCAUCCCCCAGGACCCCAUCCUGUUCUCUGGGAGCCUGAGGAUGAAUCUGGACCCCUUCAACAACUACUCGGAUGAGGAGAUUUGGAAGGCCUUGGAGCUCUCUCACCUCAAAUCUUUCGUGGCUGGCCUGCAAGCUGGGUUGUCCUACGAAGUGACAGAGGGUGGUGACAACCUGAGCAUAGGGCAAAGGCAGCUGCUGUGCCUGGCCAGGGCUCUGCUUCGGAAAUCCAAGAUUCUGAUCAUGGAUGAGGCCACUGCUGCAGUGGAUCUAGAGACAGAUCAGCUCAUCCAGACGACCAUCCAGACUGAGUUCUCCCACUGCACAACCAUCACCAUUGCCCACCGGCUGCACACCAUCAUGGACAGUGACAAGGUAAUGGUCCUAGACAGUGGGAAGAUUGUCGAGUAUGACAGCCCUGAAGAACUGCUGAAAAACCCUGGCCCCUUUUAUUUUAUGGCCCAAGAAGCUGGCAUUGAAAAUACGAACAGUACAUCGUUCUGAGGACAAGUCUUAUGGGUUAGAGGACUAUUUAGAGCAUUUCUUAUUUUUUGUGAAGCAUAUCAUACAUAUGAAAGUGUGUGCUAAAUGUAUGUUUUAAAGAAGGAUCGUGAGUGAACACCUACAUCCUUACUAAGAUUAAAAAAAAAAAUAGUAUUACUAGCAACAUCAGAAACCCCCAAUGAUUCCACUUUGAUCAUUCCUCCUUGCUACCCACCCACUCUUCUCCAGAGAAACCACCAUCUGAAUUUUGUGAUAAUUAUUCCUUUGCUUUUCAUUUUGAUCUUACCAUUUUCCUUAAACAGAUAUCUUUUUUAAAAAAAACUUAAUGUGAAUGGCCUGACUCACACUGCAUGUAUUCUUGCUUCUUUUGUUCAAUAUUAUAUUUGAGAUUCAUCCAUGUCCAAGCACGUAGUGAAGCUGCUUCAUUUUCACUGCUCUGGAGUACAGCAAUAUGUGAAACAGGCCUCAGUUUAUCCAAGUUAGGUUGGUCAGCAGUGGGGUGAUUUCCAAGGUUUGUUGUUUUUCCUGUUAUGAACAGUACUGCUGUGAGCAUUCUGGCACCAACUCCUAAGACACGUGUAAGAGUUAGGCAGAACGUAUAGCAACGGGAGGUAUGCAUAGGUUUAAAUGCAUAUAGUAGGUAAUGCCAAUUUAAAACUGUUUCCCCCCAACCUGAUGAGUGUGAAUUGGUAUCUCCUUGAGGUUUUUAAAUGUAUAUUUCCCUGGUUACUACUGAGGUUUCCAUAUGUGGUGUCUGCUGGUUCUUGUGCAUAGUGCUUUAUCUUCUUGGAUGCCUUGUGAACGUUUAAACUGCUCGAUCUCCUAAGCAUUUUUUAAAAAACUGAGGUAUAGCUGAUUUGCAAUAUUGUGUUAGCAUUUUACCCGUGGACACGCUUUGAGGCCUGAAUUGAAUCUGAGCUCUCUUAAGAGGAACUGUGAACGUUUUUGCCUGCCACCUGGGGGCAUUACCCAGAAACAAUUUGAGUUAAAUAGUCCAAGAGGUUUCCAAACAUGGCUGGUGGGACUUCAGACCACAAUCCUGUGUGAGAGCCAGCUUGCACAACGGUCGAGGUCUCCAGGUUUCAGAAGUCACUGGGAGCCUUGACACAUGACCCUUCUUCUCCUUCCAGGCUUUCUUGUGUCACAUUAUUUUGGGUUCAACAUACUCCUUACCUCCAUUUCAGCGAUGCAGUUUUGGAAGAGUUUUAUUCAUUCAUCAAUGUAGCCAUUUGUUGACUGAGAUGCUCAGAGACUUACACUUCCUAAACGAGGGACUUGGACGACUGCGAGGCAGGAUUAGGAAGAGACUUCUUACUACUGUUUGCUGCUCCCAUCAGCAUCGCUCUAGCAAUGCUCGUUUCCCCACAGCGGCAGUUUUUCUAACACUCAUAAAACCGGGAUGGUCGUGACAGCACCCGCUGAGCAGCGCCCCCUUUUGGGAAGUCUGGGUUUCAGUCUGAGGGCCUCCAACCUCUGCCUUUUUGUGCCCACGGGACUAUGGGUCAUGUCUGCUUUUGCAUUUGCUAGCUCUCUGGCCCUUUCUCCAGUGCCUAUGUAAUGAUUCUUCAUGUUGUUCUGUGAACCUAUGAUUUCCGUCUCUUGCUUAACCAAAUGGGUAGAACCUUGGAGAUAAUGCAGUCCAAGUCUCUUAUUCUUCAGCUAGGCACCAGACUGAGAGUGGUUAUAUGAGAUCCACAAUCAAAACUUGUUUACGGCAGAGGCAGGACCAGAAACCAAACUCCUGAUUUAAUCUAAUGAUUCCUUUUUCUCCUCUAACGGGAGAGGGUUUUUCAUCUACCUUCUCCUGUGGAUGCAUAUACAAGAGAGGGGAAGCGCUCUUUUUUCUGUCAUGCUGACUCAGACUCAGUGAAGGUGGUGGGAACCAGAGCAGCCUGGAUCCAAACCUUUGGUGAUGACUCCUCCCCUCCAAAUCUUCUGUUAGCCUAGGACUCCAUAACCCAGUCCGCACUCUGGACCCACUUACCAUGAUCACUCAUUCCUACUUGCCUCCUGAAGUCCUCUUUUUUGCUUGCCCUUGAAGUAUUAAGAUGUCCCUGGUUUUGUCCUUGACCCACCUCCCCCAGUUCCUCUCUUUUCUCUGUAAUUGAUUUCAUACACUCUGUGGUCUCAACUUCUACGCAUACAAUUCUCAUUUCUAGGCUCUCUUGCUCCAGUGUUGAGAUUCAUAUAUUCCGCUGCCUCUGGCACUAUCACCUGGGUAUCCUUCAGGCAUCUGACAGGAGAAUCACCCUACUCUGACAGAUGCUCUUCUUCCUCUGUACCUUCUAACUCCAGUGCUGACACCACUGUCCACUCGGUCCUAUAAGAUGAAAACCUGUGUAGCACUCUCGGGCUUUCUUUCCGGAUCAGUCGGCCACCAGGUCCUUCCAGUUGCACCCCUGUUGCUCUUGCCGUGGUUCAGAUUCUCCUCGCUGCCAUCCUGGGCUAAGGGCAUAGGCAUCCUUGCCUCCAGGGCUGUUUUCCUCAGAUACACCCAGCCACAGCUACCAGAGUGAUCUAUUAUGAAAAGCUGACCAGGCUACUCCUCUGCUUAAACCCUUCAUUCAAUAGCAACCAGAAUAAAGUUAAAAUCUCCUAGUAUGGAAUAACAAAGCUAACAUCCAAUCCAAUCUCAUGUUAAGCUCCAGUGACAUUAAAACACAUUUAGGAUCCGCUCGCACCCCCCGACCCCCCGACACACACAGACAACUACUAGCCUUUUCCUUUUCUAUCCCCUCUGCUUGGAAUCCCAUGAUUACCUCUAACUCACUAAGACAUAGUAAGAAGUCAUCUCCUGAGAGCCUUCCCUGAUUCCGUCUCCGCUCAACCCCAGGGCUAGCUUCAGCACUGCAGUGGAUUUUCAAUCUGCGGGGCAGCUCUGCAUCUGAAAGUCAGUUCCCCAUGGGCUCCUCCAACUUAAGAUUCUGCGUGGGAGCCCAGGGUACGGCCCUGGGCCGAGCUUCCACUAAUGUGAUACACCUGUGCCAGAUAUUGAUUCAGGUGCUGGAGACACAGAGUGGGGGAAUCUCUCCUGGCAAAAGUAACAGGCACUGUCGUCAUUCGGGGUAGCAGUGGCGGUGACUACAGCUGGGCGCAGUGAUGCUGCGGGAUAGCGAGCACCAUCCCUGGCUUCGAAGAUUCAAAUUGGCUUUCUUACCCUCCCAGAGGGCCAGUGAGCUACAUACUAUCAUUUGAAAACUUCCUCUCUGCUUAAGUUAACGAGUUGGGGGGCUGUUGUUUACAACUAAAUAAUGCUCCCCAGCACACUUAAUUUGCUUUUACUGAACUUAUUAUUUUGUUAGAUAAUUUUCUGUUUGCAUUUCUCUACUCAGCUGUGAGCCUCUUGAAACAAACAAUUUCUUACUGUUUUGUAUCGCCAGUGGCUGGAAUAUAGUAGGUCCUCACUUUUUCUUUUUUUGGAAAAUCAAAAAAUUAUAGAUUUUCAAAAAAAUCUUUAUAAAAAUAUAGCAACAGGGUUGAUGCACACUGGUGGACUUUAAAAAUUAGCAAAUGAUAUUACACAAACACUGAUGAUCCCUAAACUGCUACAACUUAGAUUUAGUUAGCAAAAACCAUAUUCAACUAUCAAUGUGGAUUUAUGUUUUCCACAUAGAUUAGAUACUAAACUGGCUUUUGGAAAGGUUUCAUGGUGUUUGAAGACUAGACAAAAGUUGUAAAAAUGCAGGAAAGAAUUGGGUUGUAAGAACACUCCAUUUUCAUAGUAUUCCUUUUUACUUUGUAUGCAAGUAAUUCGUGAUGCUAUAGAAUUUAACUGUUUCAGUAUAAAAAGCAACUGCUUAGGAAAGAAGUAGAAAAAAGGGGAAAAAAAGAGAAAAGAGUAUACAGUAUUUCUUUCAAGACUACUUUGGUUCUCAGUGAAUGAAUAGUUUUCCUUUCUUCAACUCUAAGUCAAGCCCUUGGUUGACCCACUGGUAGGUAGUGUCCUGAAUGGACAGUCACCUUGGUCCUCGCCAUGACAGCCACCUGGCCAUUCUGCCUGAUGACUGCUGAUUUCAGGUCCACUUGUCCUCUGGAUGUCCGGUUCCACCGGAGCAGCAGUCUUUGGAACAUUUAUCUGUUGCUCAAGUCCACAGCCACUUGCUCCUCUUUGGGGAACAACCUUAGUGGUAUCCAUCUAUAAAGACUGUCAAGGUAUUUUCUGGUUGUACCCCUGGUGCUUGGUGCUAACACCCUUGACUGCUGGCACCCAGCAGCAGGUCACUGUCAUCUGGUUUGUCCGGGUUUACAUUCUGGCAUCAUAAAGAUGCCUCCUGGUUCCAUAAACAUCUGCUGGGCUGAUCCAUCUAUUAGUUCCAAUCUGUAAACAGUUCCACUUUGGCUAGCUUUUCAUUUUCCUUCAUUAAAACGUCUAAAGUUUUCUGCAUACUUGGCUGUAGUGUUAAUGGGCUGAACAGAAUCCUUUUGUUUUACUGGAACCUAGAGUUAGGGGUAUGGCACAAGGGCCAAAUUAGGCCUGCUAUUUUUAUAAAUAAAGUUUUUGCAACACAACCA